CUUUCUCGGAGCGUAGCCAGCCCUGCAGCUCUGGGGGUGCACGGGGUGCAGCAGCGGGAGCGCGCGCGUGCUCGUGCACGGGGUCUCACCCUCACUUACUUUUCUCGCAGACUGAGCGCGUCCAGGCCUGUCACCUCUGCUGAUCGGGCUGAACCCUAAGAUUGAUUCAGAAAACAUGGCUACUGCAAUCAGGGAGGUGGGAGUUUGGAGACAGACCAGAACACUCCUGCUGAAGAAUUACCUAAUUAAAUGCAGGACUAAAAAAAGUAGUGUUCAGGAAAUUCUAUUUCCACUAUUUUUUUUAUUUUGGUUAAUAUUGAUUAGCAUGAUGCAUCCAAAUAAGAAAUAUGAAGAAGUGCCUGACAUGGAACUUAACUCUAUGGACAAAUCCGUUCUCUCUAAUCUAAUUCUUGGAUAUACUCCAGCGACAAAUAUUACAAGAAGCAUCAUGCAAAAGGUUUCAACUGAUCACCUUUCUGAUGUCAUAAUUACUGAAGAAUAUACAAGUGAAAAAGAAUUGCUAGCAUCCAGCCUUGUUAAGAGCAACAACUUUGUAGGUGUGAUUUUCAAAGACUUCAUGUCCUACGAACUCCGUUUUUUUCCUGAUAUGAUACCAGUAUCUUCAAUUUAUAUGGAUUCAAGAGCUGGCUGUUCAAAAUCAUGUGAGGCUGUUCAGUACUGGUCCUCCGGAUUCACAAUUUUACAAGCAUCCAUAGAUGCUGCCAUUAUACAGUUGAAGACCAAUGUUUCUCUGUGGAAGGAGCUGGAGUCAACUAAAGCUGUUAUUAUGGGAGAAACUGCUAUUGUAGAAAUAGAUACCUUUCCCCGAGGAGUAAUUUUAAUAUACUUAAUAAUAGCAUUUUCACCCUUUGGAUACUUUUUGGCAAUUCAUAUUGUGGCAGAAAAAGAGAAGAAGUUAAAAGAGUUUUUAAAGAUAAUGGGACUUCAUGACACGGCCUUUUGGCUCUCCUGGGUUCUUCUCUAUACAAGUUUGAUUUUUCUGAUGUCCAUUCUUAUGGCAGUCAUUGCAACAGCAUCUUCGUUAUUCCCUCAGAGUAGCUGCAUUGUGAUAUUUCUACUUUUUUUCCUGUAUGGUCAAUCAUCUGUAUUUUUUGCUUUAAUGCUGACACCUAUUUUUAAAAAGUCAAAACAUGUGGGAAUAGUUGAAUUUUUAGUCACUGUGGCUUUUGGAUUUGUUGGCCUUUUGAUAGUCUUUGUGGAAAGUUUUCCCAAAUCGUUAGUGUGGCUUCUGAGCCCCUUCUGUCAGUGUACUUUUUUGAUUGGUAUUGCACAGGUCAUGCAUUUGGAAGAUAUUAAUGAAGGUGCUUUAUUUUCUAAUUUGACCGAAGGCCCAUAUCCUCUAAUUAUUACUAUUAUUGUGCUAGCACUUAAUAGUAUGUUCUAUGUGCUCUUGGCUGUUUAUCUUGAUCAAGUCAUCCCAGGGGAAUUUGGCUUACGGAGAUCAUCUUUAUAUUUUCUGAAACCAUCAUAUUGGUCAAAGAACAAAAGAAAUUAUAAGGAGUUAUCUGAGGGCAAUGUUAAUGGGAAUAUUAGUUUUAGUGAAAUUGUUGAGCCUGUUUCUUCAGAAUUUACAGGAAAAGAAGCCAUAAGAAUCAGUGGUAUUCAGAAGACAUACAGAAAGAAAGGUGAAAAUGUAGAGGCUUUGAGAAAUUUGUCGUUUGAUAUAUACGAGGGUCAGAUUACUGCAUUACUUGGCCACAGUGGAACAGGAAAGAGCACACUGAUGAAUAUUCUUUGCGGACUGUGCCCACCUUCUGACGGGUUUGCAUCGAUAUAUGGACACAGCGUCUCAGAAAUAGACGAAAUGUUUGAAGCAAGAAAAAUGAUUGGCAUUUGUCCACAGUUAGAUAUACACUUUGAUGUUUUGACAGUAGAAGAAAACUUAUCCAUUUUGGCUUCAAUUAAAGGAAUACCAGCUAAUAAUAUAAUACAAGAAGUGCAGAAGGUUUUACUGGAUUUAGACAUGCAGGCUAUCAAAGAUAAUCAAGCUAAAAAGUUAAGUGGUGGUCAAAAAAGAAAACUGUCUUUAGGAAUUGCAGUUCUUGGGAAUCCAAAGAUACUAUUGCUAGAUGAACCAACAGCUGGAAUGGACCCCUGUUCUCGUCAUAUUGUUUGGAAUCUUCUAAAAUACAGAAAAUCUAAUCGAGUUACAGUGUUUAGUACUCAUUUCAUGGAUGAAGCUGACAUUCUUGCUGAUAGGAAAGCUGUCAUAUCACAAGGAAUGUUGAAAUGUGUUGGUUCCUCACUGUUUCUCAAAAGUAAAUGGGGGAUUGGCUACCGCCUGAGCAUGUACAUAGACAGAUACUGUGCCACAGAAUCUCUGUCUUCUCUUGUUAAACAACAUAUACCUGGAGCUACUUUGUUGCAGCAGAACGACCAACAGCUUGUGUAUAGCUUGCCUUUAAAGGACAUGGACAAAUUUGCAGGUUUAUUUUCUGCUCUAGACACACAUUCAAGUUUGGGUGUUAUUUCUUAUGGUGUUUCCAUGACAACUUUGGAAGAUGUAUUCUUAAAGCUAGAAGUUGAAGCAGAAAUUGACCAAGCAGAUUACAGUGUAUUUACUCAGCAGCCACUUGAGGAAGAAGUGGAUUCAAAAUCCUUUGAUGCGAUGGAGCAGAGCUUACUCAUUCUUUCCGAGACCCGGGCGUCUCUAGUGAGCACCGUGAGCCUUUGGAGACAGCAGGUGCACACGGUAGCCAAGUUUCAUUUCCUUACCUUGAAACGCGAAAGCAAAUCCGUGAGAUCAGUGUUGCUUCUGCUUUUAACUUUUUUUGCAGUUCAGAUUUUUAUGUUUUUGGUGCAUCGCUCUUUUAAAAAUGCCGUGGUUCCCAUCAAACUUGUUCCAGACUUAUAUUUCCUAAAACCUGGAGAUAAACCUCAUAAGUACAAAACCAGUCUGCUUCUUCAAAAUUCUACUGACUCAGAUAUCGGUGACCUCAUUAGCUUCUUCACAAAGCAGAACAUAGUGGUGACGAUGUUUAAUGGCAGUGACUAUGUAUCUGCUGCUCCCCAUAGUGCAGCUUUAAAUGUGCUGCCCUCAGACAAGGACUAUGUCUUUACAGCUGUUUUCAACAGUACUAUGGUUUACUCUUUGCCUGUGCUGAUGAAUAUCAUUAGUAACUACUACCUUUAUCAUUUAAAUGUGACUGAAAGCAUCCAGGUCUGGAACACCCCAUUCAUUCAAGAAAUUACAGAUAUAGUUUUUAAAAUUGAGCUGUACUUUCAAGCAGCUUUACUUGGAAUCAUUGUUACUGCAAUGCCACCUUACUUUGCCAUGGAAAAUGCAGAGAAUCACAAGAUCAAAGCUUAUACUCAACUUAAACUUUCAGGUCUUUUGCCAUCUGCAUAUUGGAUUGGACAAGCUAUUGUUGAUAUCCCUAUAUUUUAUGCUGUUCUUAUUUUGAUGCUGGGAAGUUUAUUUGCAUUUCAUUAUGGAUUAUAUUUUUAUCCUGUAAAAUUCCUUUCUGUGGUUUUUUGUCUUAUUGGUUAUGUUCCGUCAGUUAUUCUGUUUACCUAUAUUACUUCUUUCACUUUUAAAAAAAUUGUAAAUACCAAAGAAAUCUGGUCAUUUAUCUAUUCUGUGACAGCGUUGGUUUGCAUUGCAGUCACCGAAAUCACUUACUUUCUGGGAUACACGAUUACAGUUGUUCUCCAUUAUACCUUUUGCAUAGCCAUUCCAAUCUAUCCACUUUUAGGUUGUCUGAUUUGUUUCAUAAAGGUUUCUUGGAAGAAUGGUCAAAACAAUGAGGAAACUCAUAAUCCAUGGGAUAGGCUUUUCGUGGCUGUUAUAUCGCCUUACCUGCAGUGCGUACUAUGGGUUUUCCUCUUACAGUACUAUGAGAAAAAAUAUGGAGGCAGAUCAAUAAGAAAGGAUCCCUUUUUCAGGACCCUUUCAACAAAAUCCAAAAAUAGGAAGGUUCCAGAACCACCGAGCAAUGAAGAUGAAGAUGAAGAUGUCAGAGCUGAAAGACUAAAGGUCAGAGAGCUGAUGAGCUGCCAGUGCUGUGAAGAGAAACCAGCCAUUAUGGUCAGCAAUUUGCAUAAGGAAUAUGAUAACAAGAAAGAUUUUCUUACAAGAAAAGUGAAGAAAGUGGCAACUAAAUACGUCUCUUUCUGUGUGAAAAAAGGAGAGAUCUUGGGCCUGCUGGGCCCAAAUGGCGCAGGCAAAAGCACAAUUAUUAACAUUCUGGUUGGUGAAAUUGAACCAACUUCAGGCCAGGUAUUUCUAGGAGAUUAUUCAUCAGACCCAACUGAGGAUGAUGAUUCCAUUAAGUGUAUGGGAUACUGUCCUCAGAUGAACCCACUGUGGCCAGAUAUUACGUUGCAGGAGCAUUUUGAAAUUUAUGGAGCCGUGAAGGGAAUGAGUCCAAGUGACCUAAAGGAAAUCACAAAUCGAAUAACAAACGCACUUGAUUUAAAAGAACAUCUCCAGAAAACUGUAAAGAAACUACCUGCAGGAAUCAAGCGAAAGUUGUGUUUUGCUCUGAGCAUGCUGGGGAACCCCCAGAUUACUUUGCUAGAUGAACCAUCAACAGGUAUGGAUCCUAAGGCCAAACAGCACAUGUGGCGAGCAAUUCGAACUGCAUUUAAAAACAAAAAGCGGGCUGCUAUUCUGACCACUCACUAUAUGGAAGAGGCGGAGGCUGUCUGUGACCGAGUGGCCAUCAUGGUGUCUGGGCAGUUAAGAUGUAUUGGGACAGUCCAGCAUCUAAAGAGUAAAUUUGGAAAAGGUUACUUUUUGGAAAUUAAAUUAAAGGACUGGAUAGAAAACUUAGAAAUAGACCGCCUUCAAAGAGAAAUUCAGUAUAUUUUCCCAAACGCAAGCCGUCAGGAAAGUUUUUCUUCAAUUUUGGCUUUUAAAAUUCCUAAAGAAGAUGUUCAGUCCCUUUCACAAUCUUUUUCUAAGCUGGAAGAAGCUAAGCAUACUUUUGCCAUUGAAGAAUAUAGCUUUUCUCAAGCAACAUUGGAACAGGUUUUUGUUGAACUCACUAAAGAGCAAGAGGAAGAAGAUAAUAGUUGUGGAACUUUAAACAGCACCCUUUGGUGGGACAGAACACAGGAGGAUAGAGUAGUGUUCUGAAUUUGUAUUGCUCAAUCUGCUUACUGAAUUUGUUUUCCACUGUAUUUUAACUUUGGUUUAAAACAGUGUAUUAUUUAAUGGUAACUGAAGAACUGUGAAAGCACUUGGAAAUUCCCUAACUUCUUUAAUUGAAAUGCUGUGGUUGUCUGUUUUGCUUUUCUUCAAAUAAAACUUGAUGUAUAAUUAAUUGCAACUGCAUGUCUAUAUAUAAAGUAUAUUGAAUUAUAGUCUGUAUGUGAAGUUGAAUAUUGACACUUUUACCUUUCAAAAACAGUGCUUCUGAAUUUAUGAUUUAAAGAAAUAGUGAUAGAAUAAUUUUAUUUCAAUGAUCUUUAUUUUUCGGCUUGUAUAAUCUUGUUACACAAGUAUGUAAUGUUCCAAACUAAGUAAAAAACUAAUAUAUAAAUAAUACAUAGAAAGGAGACAGAAAUCAAAAGUUUCUUGCUUUUCCUUUUUAAUUUUAAAAAGGAAUUUUUAGUGAAAGUUGACAUUCUAAGAAGCUAAACAAUGUUAUUGCAGAUAGAAGUGUUUGGGAAGUGAUAUCCACUAGGUGGCACUCAUCAGCCAUAAUAAAUUAAAUUAGACCUUUUUCUGUUCCUGAUUUUAGACAGUUAACUACAGUAUUUUGCAGGUAUAAUGUGCACCCACGUUCUUGGCACAAACUUUCAGGGGGAAAAAAAUCUUUAUUUUUUUAUUUCAGUUUUUUAUUUAUUUGUUUUUUUUUGUAUUAUAAAGGAA